ACGUGUCGUGACGCCAGAGUCUCGCGACACAAGGCUAGUGACGUAAUUAUUAGGCGCCCGGCAAGAACCGAGGAGCUCGAUGUUAUCGUCGUUGCCUGUGGCUAUACUGGACUGUGGGCUGUAUUAAGAAAAUCGUGACUGUCCCGCUUUUUGGGCGAUUAAAACAAUAAAAUGUCUUUAUAUGAUGAUCUUGGUGUGGAAACUAGUGAUUCAAAGACAGAAGGAUGGUCAAAAAACUUCAAAUUAUUGCAAUCCCAAUUGCAAGUUAAAAAGGCAGCUCUUACACAAGCAAAGACGCAGCGAACAAAGCAGAGCACAGUUCUUGCUCCUGUCAUUGAUCUUAAGAGAGGUAGUGCAUCUGAAGAACGCCAGAUUGUAGACACACCCCCCCAUGUGGGUGCUGGAAUAAAGGAAUCUGUUCACAGUGGGUUUUCAGCUGCUGAAGUUCUGGUCCCCUUGGCAGAUGAAUAUGACCCCAUGUACCCUAAUGACUAUGAAAAAAUAGUUAAACGUCAGAGAGAGGAGAGGCAACGUCAGCGGGAACUGGAAAGACAGAAAGAAAUAGAAGACCGGGAAAAGAGACGUAAGGACAGGCAUGAAGCUAGUGGAUUUUCUCGUAGACCUGACCCAGAGUCUGACGAAGAGGAAGAUUAUGAAAGAGAAAAGAGAAAAAGACCAAUGGGAGGAGCAGCCAUCGCACCACCUACAUCCCUUAUGGAAAAGGACAGGGAAUCUAUUGUGCCUGCUUAUGAUGAUGAGCCAAGGCCACGACCACCAAUGGGAAAGGCAGCAAUUCCACCACCUAUGUAUGAUGAGCCAGAGAGACCAAGAUCACCAACUGGGCCCAGCAAUUCUUUUCUUGCAAAUAUGGGUGGCACUGUAGCCCACAAAAUCAUGCAAAAGUAUGGCUUCCGGGAAGGACAGGGCCUGGGCAAACACGAGCAAGGGCUAAGCACUGCACUUUCUGUUGAAAAGACAAGCAAAAGGGGAGGAAAAAUUAUCGUUGGUGACUUGGCUGACAAAGUUGAAGCAGCUAAGAAAGCAGAUCCAAACCCUCUGACGGAAAUACUGAAGACUCCCACUAAAGUCGUUUUGCUUCAGAACAUGGUAGGUGCAGGGGAAGUCGACGAAGAACUGGAAGGUGAAACAAAGGAAGAGUGUGAAAAAUAUGGCAAAGUUGCAAAAUGUGUCAUUUUUGAGAUUCCUGGUGCACCAGAUGAAGAGGCUGUAAGAAUAUUUUUGGAAUUUGAACGGGUCGAAUCUGCAAUUAAAGCUGUGGUGGAUCUAAAUGGGAGAUAUUUUGGUGGCCGAAUAGUAAAGGCUGGUUUCUACAACCUCGACAAAUUCAGAACCCUGGAUCUUGGGGACUAAUAUGGAAUGCUUUAUCGCCAUUCUACUGUCUGCCUCUGCAAAUGGAAAUAUCUACUAAACUAUGUCACGUUUAUUGUGAUGAAAUUUUAUUUUCAGUUUUAUAGUAUAAAGAACUUUUAAAAACCGUAAAAUCCUGUCUCUCUUCCUAUGAAACUGCAUUUUUUUGUGGUUGUCCAUUCAAUUCUCCUGACUUAUAAAGCAACAGGAGAAUAAUGAUUGGGCAUGUUGAGCAAUAUGCUGCUGUUAACUAAAGGAUGUAUGUGCCCUGCACAUACUGGAUUGAUUUGUUGUUCUUUAUCGGAGAUCAAAGGAUGUAUUGAGCCCUAAGUAAGUGUACUGUGGCAAAACAAUGGCAGAACUACUUGUGCAUAUGUAUGUAGAUAUUCAUACAGUUUCACUUCUGAACCAUCAUGGCUUUAUGUGCUGGUCCCUUAUUGCAGCUGUCCCCAAGCUUUUUUGGACUGGGGACCGGUGCAAGGACCAGGGGUGGGGUUGGGGGAGGGCUCGGCAGCAAGUUUGAACGUGCCAGCGUCCAAUUCGGUGCGCCUCGUUUUUGUGCACUGGGCUUGGUGGCCCAGAGGUUGGGAAACCCUGCCUUAUUGCAUUUAGACAUAUGUUCUAUUGAUCAUCAUUUUGAUUAUAUCAAAAUACUGUUAAAUUGAAUUUGGAACAGAAAACUUGUUUUGGAUAAAAUGUAACCCACUUGAACUUUGGUUAACAUGUUUGUUUGUUUGUUUUAAUGACAACAGCAGUUGUACAUUACUUACAGUAUAUCCCUUUCCAAACUGGAGUGGUCCUGUUUCACCCAGUGUCACUGGUUCUAGCAGCUUGUGACCUAGCAGUAUAAUACACUAGGAGGGAAAGUAAACAGUUUUAAAAAUCAGCCCAAUAAACCCAAAGAUAAAAUGUACUCAUUUGGCAGAAAGGAAAAGUGUCACCGUCCCUUUUAAAAUCUGUGUUAAAUUGAGUAAGCCUUACAUAAUUAACCUACAUUUAUUUGGCAAACAAAUGAGCACAGUUUGUCUAUUACAUUUAGAAUUGUGAAUGAGUCAAAAUAUUGCUUCCUUUGUAAUACAGGUCUGGGGUCUUUUGUCUGUAAAUCUAUCAUUCAGAAUGCCAAAUUUCUGAUAAGCGUGCCAUUACAAAAUGUACAGUAUAUUGUUUAAAUAAAUCUUUUGUUUCCUGUUGAUCACAAAA